UCACGCAGCAGAGCCAGGAUUAGAACCCAGGCGUCCUUUGCAUCCUACUCUGGCCCCCUAAACUGCGCGGGGCAGGGCAGUCCCACGCUCUUGUCUGUACAGGACCUGACACCACGGGUCCCGCACUGGGUUGGCCUGUCAUGUAGACAACAAAAGCCAGCCCGCUGGACUGCAGGCCUGAAGCUGAACUUGGCCCACUUGUGGAAGGGGUUAACUGUCCCCCUCCCCUCGCCCCAGGGGCUCUGGCCUGCGGUUGCAACAUGGUUUAGUUUGGAAUGAGUCAUCUGUGUUCAAGGUUUAUAAACUUGGGAAAGAGGGAGGGAGGACUGGAGAGCAGGGCCGCCGGGAAUCCGGACCGGCGGAUAGGAGGGGACGAGGGGCCAGGCCCAGAAAGACGGUUUCCAGGGGCUCGGAGGAGCAGCUAGCGCCCCCCCUUAGAAACCACCACGGGCUGCUGCUGCUGGGGGCUCCAGUGAGGAUGACAGGGCUGGAGCUGCUCUGCCAGGUCUGCACCCUUGCCUUCUUCGCCAGCGCUGCUGCCAGCCGCCCCUCGGAGGAACAGGAAGCUGUGCGUUACCUGCUGCAGUUCGGGUACUUGCAGAAACCGCUGGAGAGGCUGACAGAUGAUUUCACCAACGCCGAGGUAGCAGCGGCCAUGAGGUCCUUCCAGCUGGCCUCCGAGCUGCCCCCCACCGGCCUCCGGGACGCCGCCACGCUGGAGAAGAUGAGGCAGCCGCGCUGCGGAGUCGAGGAUCCCUUCAACCAGAAAACCCUCAAGUACCUGCUCCUGGGCCACUGGCGCAGGAAGAACCUCACCUACCGGAUCUACCGCUACGCGCCCGACAUGGCGGCCAGCGCCGCCCGCAGGGCCAUCCAGGCCGCCUUCAAGUACUGGAGCGACGUGGCCCCGCUGAGCUUCCGGGAGGUGCAGCACGGCCCAGCCGACAUCCGCAUCUCCUUCCACGGCGCCUACUCCUGGAUCUGCUCCCGCCCCUUCGACGGGCCCGGGAAGGUGCUGGCUCACGCCGACAUCCCCAAGGAAGGCACGGUGCACUUCGAUGAGGACGAGCUGUGGACGGAGGGAAGCUUCCGUGGCGUCAACCUGCGCAUCGUCGCGGCCCACGAGAUCGGCCACGCCCUGGGCCUGGGCCACUCCCGCCACCCUGCCGCCCUCAUGGCCCCCGUCUACGGCGGCUACCGGCCCCACUUCCGCCUCCACUUCGACGACAUCAACGGCAUCCAGGCCCUGUAUGGCAAAAAGACUCUGCCAGCGACGCCGGCCGGGACCCUGCCAGGCCUGCAGCCCACCUCCCCCAGCCUUCCGCCGGCCAAGGUGCCUGACCCCUGCACCGACAGCUUGGACGCCCUGAUGUUCGGCCCUUACGAGCAGACCUACGCCUUCAGCGGGGGCUAUGUCUGGACCGUGACAGAUUCUGGGCCCAGGCCCCUGAAGGAGAUCUCAUCCCUGUGGAAGGGGCUCCCAGCCCAGCUGGAUGCGGCCGUGCACUCUCCCCGCACCAAGAGGAGCUACUUCUUCAAAGGUGACAAGGUCUGGAGGUACCACGGCUUCCAGCUGGAUGCUGGCUACCCCAAGCCCCUGACCCGCAUCUCCGCCAAGAUCGACGCGGCCUUCUACUGGCCAGUGAACAAGAAGAUCUUCCUCUUCAAGGGCACCGGCUACUGGCAGUGGGACGAGCUGGGCUGGAACAACCUCAGCUCCUACCCCAAGAAGAUUUCCAUGCUGUUCUCCGGGGUGCCCUCCCACCUGGAUGCUGCUGUGGCCUGGGAGAAUGGCCGGGUCUAUUUCUUCAAGGGGGGGCAGUACUGGCGAGUCAACGCGCAGCUGCGGGUGGAGAAGGGCUACCCACUGAGCACAACCGAGCGCUGGAUGCACUGCGAGGCCUAGGUGCCCCCGCGGGACAGGGCCGGCCUGGAUGCACCUGCAUUAGGGCCGGUGGCGAUGGAGGGGGCAGCGGGGUUUAAUCGGCCAGAGAAGCCACCUGCAGGCGGUUGGCAUGAAGGGCACAGGGAGAGGACAGUGAGGGGUUGGGGAGGGGGAAUGGGUGUUUGUACUCCUGGGAGGCCUGCUCCCGCCCCACACA